GGGAACAAGUCGUAAUUUAUGGUGAAAACAGUCGGAACGGUAGCGAAACAGUGCGGGCCGCAGCCGCCUCCGCAACCGCCGCCGCUGUUGUACAAUUCAGAACCGGAAACACUGAUCCAGAGAUCGUCGGUCAUCUCGUCGAGAUGUCGUGUAAAUUGUCUAUAAACAAUAGCAUCAAACUUAACAGUGAUUCCCAGCAGUGGGUGAAAGCUUCGAGCAUCGACUCUAACGUCAAACUGGCAGGAGAGGAGGCCAAAGACAGGCUGUACGAGCCUAAGCACAAGAAGAAGCUCGUGCGCGUCCUCACCGUCGUCGCUUACGUCUUCUUCGUAUCGCUAGCUGCAAUCAUGCUCUCCCUUUACUACGUUUUUCUAUGGAGCGGCAAUCAAAAAGACACCAUCAAAGACACCUCUAGACCAAUACAGCAAACCCAUAACAUGUGCAAUAAUGGAGAAAACGUGCUUCUGGACGUCCCUUACGAACCCACUGCUAUACCAGUACUCGAGGCAACGACCCCUUCACCGAUAGCAACCACCGACAUUUCCUCGGAAUGGUCCUCCGACUACAAAGCUCCGAAUUUCACCGAUUCCCUCAUCAUGAGAAACCCGCUAAUCAAAAAGCUGAUCUUAAAGAAUGGACUCGAUUAGAAGCUUUGAACGUGAUUUUUGUUAAUUUUUUAUCAUACACGAUACAAAAAUAGAUUAAAGUAAUGAAUGUGUCCUGAAAGUACAUUCUUACACCAGAAAAAAUGCAUCGAGAUGCAUUCAACUAUUAUUCAAUUCGUUGAUUUCUUGAGGAAAAUUUAUGAAACCGUGAUUAUCAUGGAUAAAAUAUACAAAAAAAAAUGAAGGCGAAGAAAAAAGAACGACUAUAUCCAAAUAUUCAUUUCAUACAUCCAUAACAUAGAAAACAUUAGUGUGGACACUUGUAUUUGUACGUCGAAAAAAAAAAGCUUUAUUAUGGAUUUGAUACAUA